AUGGAUCCUAUGGAUUUCAUGCUAUCAAGCAACCACCGGGCUUCCGGCCAUUAUGACCCUGUGCAUUCUGCCUCAAACCAUUGGGCACCACAUUCUCAGGCACAGAACUUACCUGCGUAUCCAUGGCACGUCCAAAACCCAAGCUUACCUCACAUCUACUCACAUCCCUAUACCAUGCCGCCACACAGCUCCGUUCCAGAUCCGUAUGGGCAUCAUGCAGCUAUGUUACCACCAAUGUUAGGCAUGCCGUCUCCGGGCCCGUUUGCAGGUAGCAUGCCUGGGCCAGCAUCGCCACGGCCAAAUGGCCGUGCUCAUGCGUAUCGCAACAGUAUGCCGGUUGCCGUUGCUCCAAUACCUUCUGGCACUGGUAGCUACAAUCAUGAUGCAGCAUUCGCAAACCAAAUUCCUGCCAACAGACCUUCGGAUUUUCAGCCACCGGGACUCGGUCUAGGCAUGCCUCCUCUCGGAGCCAACCACCAGGAAGUUAAUUCACUACAACGUUCGGCGUAUGUCCAUGGUGAUUCAAGCGCCAAUGGCAUGAAUCAUAGCAACACUGGUUACUUUCCACAGUUUCUCCCAGCCCCGCUGCCCCCUCAAACUCACAUCCCGGCACCGACAAGAAGAGGCCACUUCACUGCUGCAUCGUCAUCUUCCAGGCCAUUCGGUAAUCUUCCCUCUCCUACUAGGCCUGCUCCUUCUUCAUCUGGGUUUCGUCGAUUUCACCCCCGACAACGCAGGCGCAUAAUGUCGACGGAGUCCGGACACGACGAUAAUGAGGAUGACGGGUAUCAUGGCCAUCACGAGCAUGUUCUCUACAGUCCGAAUGGCUCCGAGUCAUCACCAGAGGUGGAGGAGGCCUUGAUCCGACAGAUGCAAUUUGUUAGAGGCUCUUUGACGACCAAGAUGGUGGCUUCCCAGCUAACGCUCCAGUCACUCGUGAGCGUCAAGCUUGAGGACUUAGCUGAGACGGACCGAAGUUGUGUAAUUUGCUAUAACGAAUACGGCGUUGAUACUCCAGAAGGUAUUAAAGAGGCUCCCCUCCGUCUACCGAAAUGUGGACAUGUUUUUGGCGACCACUGCAUCAAGAAGUGGUUCGAGGAUUCGGAUAGCUGCCCAUACUGUCGAGACAGGCUACAUUCAGAGCCUAAGGCACAGCCAAAUUCGUCCGCCACCGCGUUCCUCAGCCUGAUAAGAAAUAGAGGCGCCAGCAUUCAUCCAGCGAUGGCAGCAAGUGGUCCACAAGAUGAGGCUCUGGCGCGGGCAAUUAUGGCCAGAUAUGGAGCCGCAGGUCCAUUGAACAAUGGCUCGCCUCGAUAUUCUGCACAAGUACCUGGAGAAGGAAGGCCACCCCCCAGAGAAGGUGUUGAACACCAGCACCGUCGACUUCGAACACGGUACGGCAGCUCAUCCACGCGUGACAGCUUAGCAUUGCCCGAAAAUCGCAGCCAAGCGACGUCGAUGUCCCCACAGCCGGUAGCGGUUGGUUCUAGUCUAUCAGCCAUACCGCAGCAAAGCGAACGUCCCCUCACGGGGAGACAGAUACAUGAGUGGACAGGUGUACCCACCCAGAACGCAAGCGAUGGGUCGACGGCGGUCCGGGGUCACAACAAUGAAACCGAAUCAUCGACUGGAGCGACGCCAGUAGUAUUGCCAAUCUCACCUUUGUAUGCAACACAAGAGGAUGAAGCUCAACACUCGAAUCCCAGGACUCUUCGGAAUCCAUUACAAGCACAGACGAGUUCCCCAUUUGAGGGUCUGGGGAACAACGAAGCGGCACCGGAUAUGACAUAUCACGGCAACCGCAAUUGGUGA